ACUUAAGGGCAGACGACACCGCUUUCCCGUACGGUCCUGAAUUAUAAAACUCGUACAACCGUGUGUUGUUGUUGAUGUUGUUGCGUUAGCUCAUGUGUUAGCCAAAUUUCAGUGCAUCAUGGUGAAGUAAGGGUUUUCCGUGAAAGCUGGCGGUGACAUGAUCUACUGCUCUGAAUUCUGCCUCAACAGACGGUAUCUGAACAUACAUGUUGUUUGGCGUUAAGUCGUUAUAUUUAGUGAGGGCUGGUAGUGGACGUUGCUAGCUAACAAAACGUUAACGGGGCUCUAAACUAGCUAACGUUAGUUGCCAGUCCUUCCUGCUUGGCACACACGGGUUUAGCCUAAGUUUAGCUUCGGUUAUUGCAAAUGUCUAACUCCACCGAAAUGAGCCUUCCACCGGACUGGGACGACGACGAGCGGAUGAAUUUCAUGUUCUCCGACUUCAAGGAGAAUCGAGAUGUCAACACGACGGACUGGGACAGUAAGAUGGACUUCUGGACGGCUCUGAUCAUUAAGAGCUGCAGAGAUCGCGGCACCGUAUGUGUCAAUCUGCAGGAGCUGAACAAGACCUUUAAGAGGAAAGAGAAAUCACCGCUGGGUUUGUCGACUGUCCUCCAGUCCAUGGCCAGAUGUGGGAAGAUCCAGAGGGAGUCAGAGUUUGCUGCCAAUGUAGACUGUGGCUGGCUGUCCUGGGGUGUCGGCCUGCUGCUGGUGAAGCCUCUGAAAUGGACCUUCUCCACCCUGCUGGGAAGCAGCCGCGUCCCUUUGGAGGAGUCCUUUGUUAUCAUUGAACUGGUGAAGGAGAAAGCAACAGAAUUACUCAGGGUCUACAGGAGCAGUGAAUUUGCAAGCCGCUCCAUCCUUUCGUUUCAAGAGCUCUGUGCUCUCUCCUCUGACGUCUGUGCUGAUGAGAGCACCCUGUGCAUGGCCCUCCUGCAGCUGCAGAGGGACAAACAAGUGACAGUUUCACUGUAUGAAGGCGAGAAGAUUGUAAAGUUUUGUCAGCCGGGGCAGGACCGCGUCUCUGCAGUCAGUGAUGUGGAUAUAGGCAUCUACCAGCUGCAGCGCAGUGAGAAGCUGCUUGGAGAGCGGGUGGAGAAACUGGGCCUGGAGGCAGACAAGUGCAGAGAGGAGGCAAAACUUCUGCUGACGGAAGGGAAGAGGUCACAGGCACUGAGGUGUUUGAGAGGCCGCAAGAGGGUGGAAAAGAGAGCAGACAACUUGUUUGCCAAGCUGGAGUCCAUCAGAGGAAUCCUGGACAGAAUAGCCCAAUCACAGACUGAUAAGAUGGUUAUGCAAGCGUACCAGGCUGGAGUGUCUGCCCUGAGACUGUCUCUGAAGGAUGUGACUGUGGAGCGUGCUGAGAGCCUUGUGGACCAAAUCCAGGAGCUAUGUGACACCCAAGAUGAGGUGAAUCAAACUAUAUCCAGUGGUGUGACCAGCACAGAUGAAGACAUGGAUGAGUUGGAGGAAGAACUGAAAUCUCUGUUAGACGAGUCAAAGCCAGAUUCCAUCUCAGGUUUGCCUGAAGUUCCAGCAAACGGUCUGCGGCCCUCUGGGGAGCCGUGCCUCCCAGGUAGAGACCUGCUUAGUUGUCUACCCGCUGUACCUCACAGCCACUUGAAUAUUACCACUGAGCAGCUGGAGGAGGAAUUGAAUCAGUUAACCCUUACAGAUUCAGGCUUUCAACAGAAAAGAAUGACAUCACCUGCCAAGAGACUAGAGCCGGCACAGUGAUGGCAUCAGUAACACAUGGCAAGUUUCAGCAUUAACAUAUCAACAAAAAGUGUAUCUCUUAAACAUUUUCUGCGAGCCAGAGUUCAUAGAAGUUUUAAAACAAUGCACUUAAGUAGUAGUUUAGCAACUGCUAAAUCAUUAUCAGAGACGUUGUAAAAUAAGUAUCAGGAUGAAAACAAGGCACUUUCCUUCAUGUAAUGAAAGUAAGAAUGCCUUUACUGUGGAGACAAGCCACAAAGAAUUUUUAAAUGUGUCUUUCUUAGACUUGAAAGCUUUCAGAUCUGAUCUGCCAUGAGUAUCUGAAGGCUCUCAAGUCAAAAAAGAAUAUUUUAACAGUUUGAAAUAUUCUUUGCUGUGCCGCCACCACCAUCAGGAAUGCAUUUAAUUUUGUGGUAUUUUUUGACAAGAAUAAGAGAACAACUGUAUUUGUGGUUUAUUGUGUGUUUAUUGAUGUUUGUAAACGUCUCCCAUUGGCAGUCCUGUAAAGUGUAUUAAGUGGCCUUCUUAACUGUAAAUAUAAAAAAGGAAACAGAAAAUUAUGCCAAAUGAUUUAUGACAACCAUACGUAUAUUUAGCCUCACUGCAACAUAUCUGUGAGAACUGAAAAGCCUACCUGAAGUGAGUUUAACCAAAUAUGUUUCUCAAAAUAAAAUUUAUUUUAAUCA